AUGGAAUAUAUUUUGUGGAAUCGUAAAGAAUUUGAUACAAUCUAUAAUUGUACAGGAAUUAAUGUAGAUGAUGUCCCUAUUGAAAAAAGAAGAUAUCCAAUAACUGCAAUUAUUUGUAUAAUACUUGGAUUUAUAUAUUAUCCUUUAUAUUUCCCUUGUCUCUACUCUUUUUGGAAAAAUAGAAACAAAAAUCCUUGCUACUUGCUGUUAAUUUAUCUCUCAAUUUUGGACAUUUGUAUACUUUGGAUACCAACAUUUUCAGUCGGAAUUCUUAGUUUAAACGGGGUUGUGUACUGUUCUUCACCAAUCUAUACCUACUUUAUGGGGUGUGUUGGUUUAUGUAAGUGCUUAAAUAUGAGGCUUAACAACAAGCAUACAAGAGGACCGUCGGUUACUAAGAAAUCCAGAAUCAAAAUUUUUAUCAAAAUAGUGUAG